UGAUAAUAAUCGUCAUUACUUCAAUUCCAGUUUUUUGUAAGAAACAUGAACAAAGAACAUACCGUGAAUUAAUAACAGAAUCAGUCUUAUUCACACCCGAAUAUAAUCGAGUUAUUAGCCAUUUUGAGUUACCUGCUGUAAAAGAUGAGUUAUCAAUUACGCUAAAAAUAAAUCUUUUGAGCCACGCACCUCUUGGUCCAUGGUGCAGUGUUUUUUAUAAAGCUAUAGUGGAUUCCAGUCGUACACCUGCAUUAUUUCUAUCAUCGAUUAACUCAAUGCCAGCUCCACGUUUCACGGUUAAUGGUGUUAUUGAUGGCGGAAUAAAUAUUUACGGUUAUGAACCUAUCCCAAUUGUUCAAAGUCAAUCUUUCAUAUUCAAUGACGGAUCAUUAUAUAUUGGAAAACAACCUAUUUUAAAUGAAAAUAAUGGAUUUAAUGGCCAUAUUAGCAAUUUUCGUUAUUAUAAUUUCCGUCUAUCUCACGAUGAAGUAUUAAUGGACUAUUCGGGUGAAGAUCCAACGAAAAGUAUUGAUGAUAAAUGUCCAAAUAUAUUUUUUGAUUUAAGUAUAGGUCUCUUUCUUGGUAUUAUAAUAUUAGCAGGUGGCUUUUUUACACGUAAAAUCAUAAGUCGGAAAAGAUAUCAAACAAUUCCUAAUGCCAC